UAAAAAGAAAACACAUUGCUCCUGCUGCUAGAGCUACUAUUACCACUUCACUCAGUUGCUGACCUUUUUUCUCUCUCCUACAUGGCCUCUGCAGCCUCAAGGCAAACUUGUCAUCCUCCACAAAGUGCACCACUACUUCAGUCAGCAUUACUGUUAACUGUGUUACAAACCUAAAUCUCAGACUCAGGGGCUGAUGUCUUGGGAGAGAUUUGUCACCACUUAUAGUAGUGACUAUAAACCCUUCAGUGAGCGCCAGGUCAACCACCUGAAGCCCAGACCUGAAGCUAAAGCUGCUCCUUCAUUUAUCAGCCCACCUCAGACUGACCGUGAAACCUGGCCUAUAUUUCAUCACUACUUUUACAAGACAACUAACAGCAUCUAUGGCUCAAGUGGCUGUUCACAGCCUCCCUGUUGUGCCCUCUUCCCGGCCUCUCUGUCUCCAUUUGGCAUCCUCGUUCCUUCUGUUUCCGAGGCGUCUGGGGUUCUUGGCUCCGCCCUGACAGAGGCCAGGACACAGGAAGUGGGAGUUGCCAGGGAGACUGGGCCUGUACUUGGCGAGGAGGAGAAAGGUCGGCUGCACUAUGUUUUUGGUGGAAAGGCUAAUGUGUUGGAGCAGCAGGAGGCAAAAGAUGAGGCGCAGCAGAAGAUUGAUGUUCUCUACGAGGAAGGUGUGAUUGUGUUGUCAUCUCAUGUCGGUCCGGUCAGCUGUGAAGAUUUCCUUAGAGCUGUCUGCAGAGAAGCUGGACUGCAGCACCUGUUCCCACUUCCUGUGGCCUCCAGUCCAAUUAUCACAAUCAAAGAUGCUGAAAAUUGGGAUAGCAAUAACUUGAGGGGCUUGAGACAGGCUGUUGGACUGAAAAGCAGCACCUUCUUCCAGCGUACUUCCAGGCAGUGCAGUUGCUGUGCAUGGGAAGCUGAGUGCCCUAAUAGUUGUUGCCAUAAGAUGCAAACCUUCCCUCCUGGCAUUCCUCGUGGCAGCACACUACCUCUGGCCCAUGUACAGCCAACUGUCUACAGCACAGAGCCCAGAAGGAAGCCAUUAUUGACCGAGUACCAAGCCAGCUACACUGCAGAGUGGGCCCAGCCUACAACCUAGCAGAGUGACUUUCACCAUCGUCAUCCUCCUCAUCACCAGAUACUUUAUCCUUCACUCUGAAUCUCAACUUUCGUCCCAAUACACAGCAGAUUAAAAAAAAAAAAAAACAUUGUUUGUGUUUUGUGUCAAGCAUGAUGAAACAGUGAUUUUAUGAUAAAACAGUGAGUUUUAAAUUGCUGCAUGUCAGCAUUAAAUGUUAAAAUGUGCGGCUUCUUUGUCCAACCACUUGCACUUUUCAGGCAUAAAGGGCCACAUAUGAGAAAUCCUUCCUAACUGAGGUAGCGGUCAAGGCUUGUGUCUGUGAUUCUCCGUUAUCUUGCCUCAGGAUACAGAAGCUGAGGAUGAGUCAUAACAUAGCAGUAAACCAGCUGCUGGCAGGCACCCAAAGGAGACAGUAAAAUGUGUGCUUGUUGUCAUCCUCCUGUUGGGACAAGGUUUGAAUGUACAUGCGGCAGUGCAGUGGUGGAAGACGUACUCAGGUUCUUUACUUAAGUAAAAAUAAAAAAUACAACAAUUUAGAAAUACUUUGUUAUAAGUAAAAGUUCAGCAUUCAAACAUUUACUCAAGUAAUAGUACAGAAGUAUUAUCAGCAAAAUGUACUUAAAGCAUCAAAAGUAAAAGUACUCAUUAUGCAGGGUGGUAUCUUAAUAAUGUUAUAUUAUCCUGUAUAUAUUCAAUUAUUAGAUUAUUACUAUUCAUGCAUUAAGGUGUAAGCAGUAAUUUAAUAGUGUUUCUAGUUGAUGUGGAGUUCAUUUUAACUGUAAGCUGUGUAGUUUAAUCUUUAAACGCAUCUCAUUUUCUAGGUGGAUCAGAUGACUCGUUUUCAAAAUCUUCAUCUGCAAAGCGACAAAUUCACAGUACUUAACUGAAUUUACUAGCAUCAUUUUUCAGUAAGAAUAGAAUAUCCACGUCCAUACAUCCAUAGCGAUACUUUAUACUGUAAAUAUAAUUAUCUUUCAGCAAAAUAACAAUUACAGACAAUCAUUUGUCUUUCACAUACACUUGAAAUUUAUGUUUACUCAAAAUUCACAACAAUUUAAAACUGGGUAAAAUAUGAGAAUAGUAGAGAAUGAUGAUCAUAAAUUGGUAUUAACUUUAGUCAUAAUGAAACAUGGUCAUGGAAGAUACCUCCGCCACAAGUCUGCAUCAUUGUGGCUAAUAUUACCAUACGUAACUUACAUACUUAACAUAUGCUUGGAAUAGGAGGUCACGUUUUAAUCACUAGCACAGCUAUUUACAAUCUGAGAUGUUUUUAUUGGGGGAGGUCAGUGCUGCUGUCAUCCAUGGAGGUUUCCACACACUUCCUUUUUUUCCCUGAGGCUCCUCCUGUUCCACCCUCUCCUCUCCCACAAUGGGGAAGUAGCCCAACACUGACAGUAUCACGUGGCCAUCUUCAGUGUAGUCAGACACCCUGAACCAGCCCUUCAUCUCCUCUUCUGCAGCACUGUAGAUUGCGGACACAACCCUGUUGUUCGGCCGGCUCUCCCACUCCAAAGAGAGGAUGUCGUUCCCCCGAUCUGCAACAUGAACUUUGUUCGGGUAGACUGGAGACAGACGGGCAAAAUCAUUAUCUCAUAUAUAUAUAUAUUAUCGCAGAAUUAUUAAUCAAGUUACUAAAGCAUUUGAAAUCACACGAUUAAAAGUUAAACACAUGAUCAUAUAACUGAGGCAAAUGUAAAGUUGAUGAUGUAAAGUCUUACAUUGUGCUGCCUUCCUAAAUGCAAAACAAGAUUCCUAUAACUUUAGUUAAGAGGCUUAAUGAAGAGUUAGAGCUGUGAUCAGUACUGGCUCUUCAAAAAUGACCCACCAGUCGCUGAUCGAUGUUGGUCACCCCUCUGUUAUUUUAAUGGCUGCUGAGAUAUCAAGCUUUCUAAACACUGACAUCUUUACUUUGCUGGAAAUGCUCCAUAUUCACAUGUUCAAAGAUGAAUUACUGAGCACUUCAUUCAUACCUGCAGCGAUCUGCUCUGGCCCGAGUUCAAGCUCCAUAUUCAUGAAAUACUUCUCUCUUCUUUAGAGUUUCCAUUUCUUCAGAUGAAGGCUAAUGUUGGUUGGUUGGUUUGAAACAUAACAAUCUCACCAGAAAGUUAAUUUAGGAGCGGUUCACUUUCAAUCAUAUCACACAACCAGUUCUCAUGGAAUUCUAAAUGUUCAAAAUUGUAGUUCUACAGGAAAAUGGAGAUUUAAACAUCUACUGUGCAUUUCUGUGACAACUGGGCAAAAUCUGUCUGCUAAGGAAGAUCUUGUGAUAUGAUCAAAAACUCCAGAACAGCUUUUGAAUGGUAAUAUUCCUUUGUUCUAUUAGGUAAAGAUGAAAAUAGCUGAUGUUCAACACUGGACGGGUAAGAUUUGUAGGUUGGCACCCCCAGCUGGAGAGGUCAAUGUCAAUUUAGUGUACUAGAAUAUCACUAAACCAAUGAUUACUGUGUUCUAUGCACUCACUUACAUACUCAGAGGAAACUAAGCUUAAUGACAAGAGCAGACAAGACAGCCUCAGCUGUUGUUUGUGUUUAGUGCUGAAUAGCAAAUGUUAGCUUGCUAAUUUUCUAAACUAAGACGGUGAACAUGGAAACAUUAUACUGUACCUGCAUGUCAGCAUGUUGACAUUAGCAUUUAGUCGAAACCAUUACUGGUUAUUUGGAGAUAUAAGAAAUUAAGUCACUGGUAAUUUUAUAGAGGCCACGUGUUCGUUAUUAAAUGACAGAAGAACGUGGCUGUGUCUUCACAGCCAAUAAUAUUGAAUUUACAAAACACAAACAAACCAUAUGGGUUCAUCAGUGUUCUUGUCCAGCGUAUCAAAAUGUGACAAAAGACUGACAGCAGGCAUUUGUCUUUAACAUCUUUAUUUGUCUUUUUUCAUUAUUUUUAUUUGUACUGAAAUUCUUAUUCUGUCUUCUGGACCUCUUUUUUUUCCUUUUUUUUUUACGGCUUCUGUCAUCUAACUCAUCUAAACAAAAUCACCAAAAAUGAUUUCAUGUUGUACAAUUCACCUGGCGGACAUUCCUAUUGGCUUCACCAGGGUGUCAUUCGACAGCUGUGGUCCAACACUGUGUGAGGAAGUUCCAUUUUAACCAACAUUUCACUGUCUCUACUGCAUGGUUUAAGAACACACUUGAGUACUGCAUGGAUGUAAAGAAGUGCUUUCACCUGUCAGGUACUUCUUAAUUCAAAGUAGUACACAAGUGUCUACUUAACACUCCUACAGUAAAACACAUGACAUUAUUGUCACUGGUAAUACCACAAAUUAACAGUGGCAUGAAGAAGAUUAAUGUUCAGAUCACAAGAUUUUUGACAAUAUUGCCUGUGCAUUUUCAAGCCAAAAUGGCUGAGAACUAGAAAAAGUGACAAUAAUUCAUGAUUACUGUUGAUUAGAAUCCAGGUUUCCCAAAAAGCAUUUUCACAUAUACAACUUUUUCCUAUUGGCUCACAACUUAACGGAGAUUAUAUUUGCACUAAGGGGCGAUGCUUCAGGGAAAGCCAGACUUAAAACAGAGAUUUACGGUUAAAAAGAAAAAAGAAAAAAAGAA